AUGAAUAAACUAAAUACUAAUAUUUUGUUAACGAUAGUCCCUGUACAGCCAGUAGCAGCGGUGGUUAGAGGAGGAGUAGAAUAUGGUAUAAACAUGGCAACAAUAAAAUCUAGAGUAUUGAAGAAAACUUAUGGUAUUUUAUUAAUGCCACAAUUUCGAGCUGGAAUUGAUCCACCGGAACGCAAACUUGCACAUAAUCGUAUACAAAAAUUCAGUAAGGUGGUUCAAAGAGGUACGGAAAUAGAACUUCAAGCUUAUGCCAAAAAUAAUAAAACCGGUGAAGUUGCUACUGCAACCUUUAAUCUAAAAUUUUAA